UAAAGGAAUAAGUUGUAAAUGGUACGUUCUUUAACUAAAAAUUUCCUUCAAUAACCUUUACAAAAGACUAUAUAAUUGGCAGUUAGAAUUGUUAUGAAUUCAUAAUAAAAACAGAAACGGAUGUUUGGAAAGAGAUAUUGUAUUUUUAGACUUUUGAUAGUUUGCCUGGCAAUAGUUUCGUCUUUAUGUUUAUUUAUACAAUUUAUCGAUGAUAAUCAUUUGUCACUUGAAGAAAAAGAAAGCAUUACUGGAAUUCAACCUAAUAAAAUUGUACAUGAUGAAAUAAAGUCAACUAGAAGCGAAUUAGAUAUAUUCGUUGAUGAAAAUCCCAAAACUGUAGUCUACUAUGCACCCUAUAAUAUGACAAAGCCAAUAUUUGUUGAUAGAAACGAUGAGAAUAUUUUUAGUGCUGAUAAAGAAAAUUUGAGAGUAAUAGGUAUUCAGCCAAGGUCUGAUCUAUUGGGAAUAGUUGCGGUGUUACAACCGGGAUACUUUUUUAGUAACCUUCAAUGUACCUCCACCAGCAAUCUAGCAGACUGGACAUUGUCACCAUCUAGUCCAAUAGUUCACAAUUACGAUUUAGUCUUACCGAUAAUAACUGAUGGAGGAUGCUCAAUUAACAAUUUUUUCCAGGGAAUAUUGCCGAAACUAAUACAAGCUAGAGGCUGGAUAAAAUUUAAAGAGAUUAAAUUUUUGGUACAUGGAUCAUGUGAUCCUUUAAUUGGAAGCAUUUUAGGAGAAUUUGGUAUCACAACUCAAAGGCUUAUUUCAUUUAAAGGCGGAGCUAUACGUUCUGAAAGACUAGUAAAUACAUGUAUUGUUCCACCCACACAUCCAGAAAUAUUCAAGAAAGCCAGAGAAAUUCUCGGUAUUUCUACGUCAGUUAAAGACGCUAACGACGUUGUUCUGUUACUUCCCUCCGACACACAACUAUUAAGAAACGCCAAUCAGGUUAGCAAGUUCUUAGAGCGUAGAUACGGUCAUCGAUUUAAAGACUUAGAAGAACAGUAUUCGGUAAAUCAAGUAAAGAGCUCUUUCAGAAAAGCAAAAAUCAUUAUUGGUAUUCAUAAUGCAAUAUUAAGUAACAUGUUUUUUGCACCAGUCGGUUGCGCAAUUAUUGAAAUUGUUGGUACGAAAGCUGAUGGAACCGUUCGUCCUGCGAAUGUAGAUCCAAGAUUAAUAUGGCAUCUGGCCAUUAGUAUGGGUCAUAAGUACUAUAGAAUAAUAGAAAAUCCUGUAUCAAUGGUUGGAAGUAUUUACUUAACAAUAUCAAAACUUGAGAAAACAUUAAACAUAGCUGAAAAUCAGAUCUAG